GUAUGUGUUUUGAGGUCAGUUUCAUGUGCAGGUCAUGAUGGAUCGAGCAGCUCUCCGGCUGAUUAUCUUGGGUGUGUUUCUCAUCUCAGCCACUUCAGACCCUGUUAAGAAGAAAAAAAAUGUGGAUAUAUACAGCUUCUACAUUAACUCCACGGUCACCAGUCGCUACGCCACAACAGUCAUCACAAGCCGUGUUGCGAACACACUGAAUGAAUCUCAAGAGAUCCAGUUUGAGGUCAAGAUUCCCAAGAAUGCCUUCAUCAGCAAAUUCAGAAUGACCAUAGAGGGAAAAACAUAUGAUGGGGUUGUGAAGGAAAAAGAAGCAGCUCAGCAGCAAUACAAUCAAGCAGUAUCUCGCGGACAAAGUGCUGGACUGGUCAAAUCUGUUGGAAGGACUUUAGAGGACUUUAAAACCUCAGUAACAGUGUCUGCUUUUAGUAAAGUGACCUUUGAGUUAACCUACGAGGAACUGCUAAAGCGUCGCCUCGGAAAAUAUGGGCUACUCAUCAAUGCCCAACCAAUGCAGCCAGUGGCUGACUUCAAGAUAGAUGUACACAUCCAAGAGAAACCAGGAAUUUCCUUCUUGGAGGUGAAAGGAGAUUUGAGCACCGGUGAUCUGGCCAAUGCAAUCAAAACCACCAGAGCAGACAAAGAUGCAUGGGUGACCUUCUACCCCACACAAGAUCAACAGACCAAGUGUAAAAGCUGUGGAGAAAAUGGGCUGAAUGGUGACCUGCUCAUAACAUACGAUGUUGAGAGACAAAAUCCUAAAGGAGAAAUCAUGGUAUCAAAAGGCUAUUUCGUCCACUACUUUGCUCCCUCUGAUGUUCCACGUAUUUCAAAAAAUGUGGUGUUUAUCAUUGACCGGAGUGGUUCUAUGAGCGGCCGAAAAAUAAAACAGACUCGUUUGGCACUGCUGAGGAUUUUAAGUGAUCUUGAUGAGGAUGACCACUUUGGAUUGAUCACCUUUGACAGUGAAGUUAGCUUAUGGAAGCGUGAGCUCCUCAAAGCUACUGAGGCAAAUCUGGAGAAUGCAAAUUCUUUUGUGAGGAAGAUCAGAGAUAGAGGAUACACGGACAUAAACGCUGCAGUUCUAGCAGGAGUGGACAUGAUCAAUCGACAUCCACGAGAGGGAACAGCCUCCAUCCUGAUCCUGCUGACUGAUGGAGAUCCCACUACAGGUGAAACCAACAAAGAGAAGAUCAUGUCCAAUGUGAAAGAGGCCAUUGGGACUAAAUUUCCCCUCUAUUGUCUUGGUUUUGGAUAUGAUGUUAACUUUGACUUCCUGACAAAGAUGUCACUGGAAAAUAGUGGAGUUGCUCGCAGGAUUUAUGAAGAUUCAGACGCUGAUCUACAGCUGCAGGGCUUCUAUGAAGAAGUUGCUGUCCCUCUCCUCACUGAUAUUCAACUUAAAUACCCAGGAGGGACAAACCUUACCAAGACCAGCUUUAGUUUGUACUUCAAUGGCUCUGAGAUUGUGGUGUCAGGACAAAUAACGGACAACAGUGUGGAGAGUUUCACCACUGAAGUCAUCGCACUAUCAAAAGGCAAUAAUGUGAUGUAUCAGGACACUAUAAUGACAAAAGACCCCAGUGAUGUCCCACCUGAGAAUGAAGAUUUCAUGCAGAGGUUGUGGGCCUACCUUACAGUGAAGCAGCUUCUGGAGAGACAGGUACUUCUUAACGGACAAGAGAAAGAGGAUGAAAAGAAAGAAGCUAUUAAACUCUCCCUGAAAUACCAGUUUGUCACUCCCCUCACCUCAAUGGUCGUUACUAAACCACAAGAAGGUGAUGUGGAAGUUGCUGACAAACCCAAAGAGGAAGAAGAGCCACCCAGACUUCCAGCACCAGGAUUUAUUCAGCAACACCAUAGUGUUGGUGCACCUGCCGAUCAUCCAGGUGUACAAUAUAGCCUUCUUAGUGAUACUGCUGCAUCUAUAACACUUCAUACAGGUAGCAAUCGUAUCCUGCUGCCUGUUGUUGGUCAGUCUAAGCCACUCUGUUUCGAAGUUCCUCUUCCUCACAAACUGAGACUCCUACAGGAUUCAGCUUCAGAGUUCUCUAUGAAUGGAGAAUCCCUGACUGGACAAACUGGAUUCAAUCAAAUUGCUUUACAUUACAAAACAAACCAUCAUCUUACUAUAAAAACAACGUCUAUCAGAUACCAUGAUGGCCAGAAUCAAGUUGAGUUCUUGUGGGGCCAGGAACUGACUCAAAACAAUACUGAGGGUGUCUCUCUGAUUCUACGGAGCAAUGAAAUAGACGUCACCAUGGGAAAUAUUCACAUCGUUAUUCUUCUCCAUAAGGAACAAUUGGACAUGUUUCUGUGGCCUGCUGUUCGGACCAGGCCAAAAGAUGUCAGUUUGACAGGUGUUUUAGGAGAGUCUGAUAUUUCAUAUGAUGAGAUCCAAGGAACACAAACACCAACUUUAAAGUUAAAGGACCAGGAAGUGAAGACAUCUCUGGUGAUGGUGAAGGACUACAGACUUGCUUCUGCUCCUGUGGUUGGAUGUUGGCUCGUACCAUUCCAGACUGUCACACAGCUAGAGCUCUCGGACUUCACUGUCACUCAGCUGUAGAGUUCAGCAAAAAUCA